AUGAGUCGGGAAGUUUACGCAAACACAGGAGUGACUGCACACAACACAUCUCGCUUAGAAGAAGUCAUCUAUGACAACGAGCUAAACUUGGAGACUCGCUGGAACAGCAACAACCAAGAUUCUACAAACUCAGGAGGAGACACUGCAUGGAGCAGGUGUUACAGACUGACUGUAGUGUGUGUGGUGCUGCUGUGUGUUCUCCUGCUGACUGCCGUCACAGUGCUGUGGAUCAAAUACAACAUCCUUAACACACAAUAUAACCAGUUACAGACCAGUUACAACAACCUGACUAUUGAAAAAGACCAGUUACAGACCAGUUGCAUCAACCUGACUAUGGAGAGAGACCAGUUGCAAAUCAGAUACAACACACUGACUACAGAAAGAGACCAGUUACAGACCAGUUACAACACCCUGACUAAAGAGAAAAGCCAGUUGCAAAGUAGAUACAACACACUGACUACAGAAAGAGACCAGUUACAGACCAGUUACAACACCCUGACUAAAGAGAAAAGCCAGUUGCAAAGUAGAUACAACACACUGACUACAGAAAGAGACCAGUUACAGACCAGUUACAACACCCUGACUAAAGAGAAAAGCCAGUUGCAAAUCAGAUACAACACACUGACUACAGAAAGAGACCAGUUACAGACCAGAUACAACACCCUGACUAAAGAGAAAGACCAGUUGCAAAUCAGAUGCAACACACUGACUACAGAAAGAGACCAGUUACAGACCAGUUACCAUACUCUGACUAAAGAGAAAGACCAGUUGCAGACCAAUUACAACAAUGUGACUAAAGAGAAAAAACUGUUGCAAGCCAGUUACAGCAUCCUGACUUCAGAGAGAGACCAGUUACAGACAAAUUAUACCAUCCUGAUUUCAAAGAAAGACCAGUUACAGACCAAUUACAACAUCCUGACUUCAGAGAGGGACCGCCUACAGACCAGUUGCAACACCUUGUCUACAGAGAGGGACUGGUUACAGACCAAUUAUAGUACCCUGACUACAGACAAAAAUCAGCUACUCACCAAUUCACGUUUGGGGUGGAGAUAUUUCAACUCCAGGUCUUACUUCAUCUCGACUCAGAAGAAAACCUGGGAUGAGAGCAGACAGGACUGCAUAUAUAAAGGAGCAGAUUUGGUGAUAAUAAACAGCAGGGAGGAACAGGAAUUUAUCCUGAAACAGUUGGGCUACAGAGGUCGGGGUUGGAUUGGUCUUAAUGACAAAGACACAGAGGGCAAGUGGAAAUGGGUGGAUGGUACACUACUGAUGACUGGGUUCUGGUGGUACGGUGAACCCAACAAUGCUGGGGGAGAGGACUGUGUUAUAACAGCCUCUGUACUUGCUAAACAUAACAUAUUGACAUGGAAUGAUUUUCCAUGUAACUUCUCUGUAGUUGGGAUUUGUGAGAUGAAAUUAUUUAACUGA